AUGCUACUCGCCGAGUCCAGCCGGAAUAUCUUCACCAAAUGCCGCCGACGAUACAUCGUGCUUUUUGUUGCCUUAACGAUCUUGUUUGUAUUUUAUAUCUUCUUAAACUUGAGAAACUAUGGACUUUACACCGGGAAUCAUCCAUUUUUCGCCGCUCAGCCAUGCGUGUACCUCAACGAAAUGGAAAGAGGACAGCUUUUGGAUAUGGCCUUAGAAGUUCAUAAAAUCCUGGAUGGUUUUGGCAUAGAACACUGGUUGAUGUACGGUUCUGUGUUUGGCGCAGUGCGGGCGAAGGGACCCCUCCCUUGGGAUAAUGACGUAGAUAUAGGAUUCAACGGAACAGGAACUUUUGCACUGAUGUCUUUUGAAGAGUUUACAAAACCGUUUAAAGCGAAAGGUUUAAAAGUUUACCAUAAGCGUUGGAUUACAAGUAAUGUGAUGAAAGUUUACAGAAGCGAUCUACCCCACGUAAAAGUUGAUUUAUUUGCGUUUUACAAUUAUCGAGGAUGGAUGAAGCGCGCUGGCUUGGAGACCUGGAUUUUUGCAUUAAACUAUAAUCUUCAUGAUACAUUUCCUGCGCGAUUAGUUAAGAAACCUGUUCCGCUUGUUCCGUUUGGUAAAUAUUCGAUGCCCGUUCCGCGAGAAGGGCUAACUAUGCAGAAAUAUCUGUACCCCGAUGACUGGUGGAUGGAGGUAAAACCUGUGACCUGUCAUUAA